AUGCAGCACCAUGACAACGGCUGCAUCGCUUGUCGUAUCAUCUAUCGGUCGGAUGAGUUCCAUCCUCCCAUCCUGGCGCCGCGGGCGGACAUGACAGUGGGGCUGUACGGCCAAUGGGUGAGCCAGCGUUGUGAGGUCCGCCCCGAGGUCCUCUUCCUGUCCCGUCACUUCAUCUUCCAUGACAACAACCAGACCUGGGAGGGCCACUACUACCACUACUCUGACCCCAUCUGCAAACACCCCUCCUUCAGUAUCUACGCUAGAGGGAGGUACAGCCGAGGAACGCACUCUACUAGAGUUAUGGGAGGCACGGAGUUCGUCUUCAAAGUGAACCACAUUCGUGUGAUGCCCAUGGACCUGGCCACCACGUCCCUCCUCAACGUGUUUAAAGGUAACGAAUGCGGCACCCAUGGUUCCUGGGAGGUCGGAGUUGAACAGGACGUCACCCUGACCAAUGGCUGCGUGGCGUUGGGGAUCCGCCUGCCCCACACAGAGUACGAGCUGUUCCGUAUGGAGCAGAACGCCCACGGACACCUACUCCUCUACAACGGACAGAGACCCUCAGACGGGUCCAGCCCCGACCGGCCAGAUAAACGAGCAACCUCGUACCAGAUGCCCCUGGUCCAGUGUUCAACUAGCAGCCAGAGGUCAGAGGUCGUGGGAGGGGAAGACGAGGACCGACCCCUGAGGCUGAGUAAUGGUGGAACCAGAAUGACGUGGAACCAGAACCGGAGGGAUGGUGUUGUGGUUCUGACCUCGCUGGUUCUGUUGUUCCGGUGUUACAGCUAAGAACUGACAGUCUGGUUUUUCAUAGAACAGACCUACUGGUUUUUGUACAUAGAGACACUGACUGUGUGUAGGACUGUGGACCGUGAGAGAGGACUCUAAUCUGACUCUCCUUCAGUGUCUACCCUGAGGGAAAGGUGACUGCUACUUACCUUUGACACACUUGAACUUUUGAAAUAUCUUUUUGGCUCUUUAAACACGAUGGAAGUGUUUAAAAGGCAAGGUGGAGAGCGAGUGGAGAGAGUGGAGAGUGGAGAGCGAGGAGAGAGUGGAGACUAGUUCCUUUGAUGCCUCUGUUGCUUUGAACUCCACCUACCAGAGGUGACACCGCUGCAUCACAAUGACUGCACUUUAGAGUGGAAAUGGAGAACUACAGAAGUCUUUGGCUAUAGAACUACAGAAGUCUUUGGCUACAGAAGUCUUUGGCUAUAGAACUAGAGAAGUCUUUGGCUAUAGAACUAGAGAAGUCUUUGGCUAUAGAACUAGAGAAGUCUUUGGCUAUAGAACUAGAGAAGUCUUUGGCUAUAGAACUAGAGAAGUCUUUGGCUAUAGAACUAGAGAAGUCUUUGGCUAUAGAACUAGAGAUGUUAAUCUAUGGCUAUAGAACUAGAGAAGUCUUUGGCUAUAGAACUAGAGAUGUUAAUCUAUGGCUAUAGAACUAGAGAAGUCUUUGGCUAUAGAACUAGAGAUGUUAAUCUAUGGCUAUAGAACUAGAGAAGUCUUUGGCUAUAGAACUAGAGAUGUUAAUCUAUGGCUAUAUAACUAGAGAAGUCUUUGGCUAUAGAACUAGAGAUGUUAAUCUAUGGCUAUAGAACUAGAGAAGUCUUUGGCUAUAGAACUAGAGAAGUCUUUGGCUAUAGAACUAGAGAAGUCUUUGGCUAUAGAACUAGAGAUGUUAAUCUAUGGCUAUAGAACUAGAGAUGUUAAUCUAUGGCUAUAGAACUAGAGAAGUCUUUGGCUAUAGAACUAGAGAAGUCUUUGGCUAUAGAACUAGAGAAGUUAAUCUAUGGCUAUAGAACUAGAGAAGUUAAUCUAUGGCUAUAGAACUAGAGAAGUCUUUGGCUAUAGAACUAGAGAUGUUAAUCUAUGGCUAUAGAACUAGAGAAGUCUUUGGCUAUAGAACUAGAGAAGUUAAUCCAUGGCUAUAGAACUAGAGAAGUUAAUCUAUGGCUAUAGAACUAGAGAUGUUAAUCUAUGGCUAUAGAACUAGAGAUGUUAAUCUAUGGCUAUAGAACUAGAGAUGUUAAUCUAUGGCUAUAGAACUAGAGAUGUUAAUCUAUGGCUAUAGAACUAGAGAAGUCUUUGGCUAUAGAACUAGAGAUGUUAAUCUAUGGCUAUAGAACUAGAGAAGUCUUUGGCUAUAGAACUAGAGAAGUAGAGAAGUCUUUGGCUAUAGAACUAGAGAUGUUAAUCUAUGGCUAUAGAACUAGAGAUGUUAAUCUAUGGCUGCAUCCACAAAUACAGGAGAUAAUUUUUAUACACCAUACCGUAACCAAAUAUCAAGUUUCUUCUUGGUACUACAAGUAGAUGAAAUAAGAUACAUUAUUAUGUAAAAAGCAUUAUUUUCUACAAUGAAAUGUAAAGAUGGCAAAGAAUGUGUUGGGUGGAGAAAUGCUAAAGAAUCUGAUUUAGGGUUUAAAUACAAUAGGACUAUCAGUACAAUAGGACUACUGAUAAUGACAUCACCUACAUUACCACAGAGACUUUUCAUGACUAAUAUGAUACCCAACUAAAUUUUAAUGGCACUUUUGUCUAAUCUACCCCGUAACUAAAACAUCCAAACACUUCAUUGUACAGGUCAGGAGUUGUGGCACAUGUAUAAAUCCGCCCGUGAUCUUCUUUGAUGUACAGUGAUCUCUGCUGUGAUCUAGUCUCGAGAACCAUCUCAUAUGCAAUGGAUGUAGGUUCCCUGAAACAAUCUGUAUAACAAUUAAAGAUUUGAUA